AUAGAUGACAAGAAGGCUGCGGGAGCGAGGGGAUCCCGGUGCGAGAAGAGAGUAUUUCUGAUUCUGGGCAGGAGGGAGGAGAGACGAGGAUGCCUCCAAUCCGAUAGGCCGCCUUCGGCUUCAUCAUCUCCUAAUUCGGUGCAGCUGCCUUUCUUGGGCAGCCUCCUCCUCCUCCUCCUUGAGCCCCCCUUUCUCCUCCACCACGUCAUUCGGGAUCCAGUGACGUUGGGUUCCCCCAAGCCCCAAAAAAGGGAGGGGAGCGCCGUUGUGCGCUCCGCAUCCCUCUCCCUCCAUUGAUCCGAAGCGCAUCUUCCCGCCCCGCUUUCCUUAACAUGCCAGUGCCCACUCUUUCGGCAGCCUAUAAAAGAUGCCAGGCGAGCGUGGCUGCACAACAGAGCCGACAGGCAUCCGAGAGAGAGAGACGGAGACGGAGAGACGGGAGCCGAGAUGUACCGCUCCACGAAAGGCGCCUCCAAGGCUCGGCGGGACCAGAUCAACGCCGAGAUCCGGAACCUCAAGGACCUGUUGCCCAUCGCCGAGGGGGACAAGCUCCGGCUGUCGUACCUGCACAUCAUGUCCUUGGCGUGCAUCUACACCCGCAAGUCCAUCUUCUUCUCCAAAGAUCCCACUUCGGAGAGCCUGGAGAGCCUCCUCUCUCCCCAGGAUCUGGAGGACUUCAUGCAGACCCUGCCGGGCUUCCUUCUGGCUUUCACCGGAGAAGGGAAACUCAUCUACGUCUCCGAGAAUGUCUCCGAACACCUUGGGCACUCCAUGGUAGAUUUGGUGGCCCAAGGAGACAGCGUCUACGAUAUUAUCGACCCGGCAGACCACUUCGUGAUGAGGAACCAGCUAGCAUUGCCGUCCCCUGUUGAUACCGAACGGCUCUUCCGCUGCCACUUCAACACUUCCAAAACCAUCCGGCGGCAAAGUGCCGGCAACAAGCUGGUCCUGAUCUGCGGGAGGUUCCACCAGCCGCCACUGGGCUCUUACUGGUCCACCAACCCGGUCUUCACCGCCUUCUGCACCCCCUUGGACCCCAAGCCCCGGGUGGGCCAGAACUCCUUCUUCUUGUCUGCGUUCGAGAGCCGGCACACCAAAGACCUGGCCGUGGUGGAUAUCUCCGAAAGUGUGGUUUUCCAUUUGGGUUUCGAGAAAAGCGAGCUCUUCUGCAAGUCCUGGUACAGCCUGAUCCACCCCGAAGACCUCGGCCACGCGUCUGCCCAGCAUUACCGCCUGCUGGGCGACACGAGCGAAACGCAGGCCGAAAUGGUGAUCCGGCUCCAAACCAAAGACGGCGUGAACUGGAUCUGGAUCUAUUCGCUGCUCCGGCUGGAGAACGCCGACAUCCCCAUCACUUGCCACAACUACGUCAUCAGUGACGCCGAAGCUUGGUGCCUGAAGCAGCAACUCGCGUCCGAAGAGACCCAGGCGGCCUUUGCCCUCGGAAGCGCACCUGCCUUCUUGGAAGGCCUCCUUUCCCCGCUCUCCAGCCCCGACCAAGUUUUCACCCCGGUUGCCGGCACCCCGACCGGUGCUGUGUCUUUUGAGUUCGGCGGUCCCGAAUGCCCUCCAACGUUCGCUGCCGAGACCUCGUCCGCCCUGCCUCCCGAAACGACGGAACCGGGGAAUAUCUCCUCCAUGGAGGAGGCCGCUCCCGGCUCCACGCUGAGCCUCUUCGGCAAAGGCCCGGCCUUCAGCUACGUCCUGUAUGACCAGGCGGCGAGGCGGGACCCCCGCAGGUCCAAGGACAUUGCCUGCACCCCUCCGUACACGCCGCACCAAGGCUCGGCCUUCUUAUUCGGCCCGGCUCCCGUCGUCACCGCACCCGCAGUUGCUGCCACCACUACGUCGGAACUGUUCUUCCCCCAAGAACAAUGCAGUGCUCUCUAUGAGAAGUUACCGCCGACGCCGGACAGCCCCGGUAAUGGGGACUGUACCGUGAUGACUUUGCCCGAGAUCCGGGGUCCCCUGUAUAUCGACGUGCCCAUGGUACCCGAGGGGAUCCUGACCCCCGAGGCCUCGCCCGUCAAGCAGACCUUCUUCAGAUAUUCUGAACAGGAGAAGAGCGAGAUCGAGCGCCUGGCGCGGCACAUCGGGAGCCUGGCCGAGGCCUUCAGCUCCGCCAAGGAAAGUCCCGCCGCCCCGUCCGGACUGGGCCUCAAGGACUGGAGGAGCGUGGACUUCUCCUCCUUGCUGGUCCUCCACAACCUCAACCACGACCACGACGACCUCCUCCUGGAAGAAGAGGACGUCGACAACGCCGCCGCCACCCUCGAGAGCCUCCUCCAAGACCUGUCCGCCUCUCUGUUCGAGAAAGGCGAGGCGGGACUGCGGUGCCCGAGCUUCCACCCGUUCUGCAGCGGCGGGAAGUUCGGCCCGGGCACCGAAGAGGGCCACCCUUCGCCCAGCCCAGGGGACCGGCCCCCUCCGGAAGAGCCGUGCUUUCUGGAAGAGCUGGCCUCCUUCGAAACAGCCUUUGAGACACGUGCCUCAAACUCUCCCUGUGACGGGUUCGAUGAGUUGUAUCAACUCCAGAGCCACAUGCCAGACGGCUUCCAUGAAGAUGGAAGCGAAAGUGACCCUUCGUUCUGAAAUAAGUCCGUGACUUACUUCUCUAAGUAUGGCAUAUUGUCAUAUCCAGUGGACUUUAUUAUUAUUAUUAUUAUUAUUUUUGUGCCGGAAAUCACAUCUAGAAGAAAAGAUGAUGCAUUUUCCCACAGCUUUUUAAUAUAUAUAUAAGGGGAAAAAAUAACCAAAAAAUUAAUAUAUAUGUAUAUCUUGAUUCGGAGACAUCGUGGCUCGCUGCAUCCGAAGGACCAUUGUGAAGUGGACUUUUUUUUUUUACACCUCUCUACCGUAUUCACUCGUAGUGAAUCCUCUUGUAAUAUGUAAUUUAUUAAGAAAUAUAUAACGAUUCCGGGGGAAAUUAAAAAAAAUGUGCCGAGAGGCUUCCGGCGGCUAAUUCAACGCAGAGUUGGAGCGAAGCAAGUGCGGAGCCUGGUUUGCACACAUUUUUCCUCCCGCAAAAAAGAGACCAAGAAAGUGUAGGUGGUAAAUAGAACCUACUAUAGUAAGGGCCCAUGGCUGGUGAUUGUGAUACUUACUUCCUUUUAAUAUAUAGAUAUAUGUAUAUGUAUGUAUGUAUUUUCUUUUGCCAAUUGCUUUCCUAAAGUCAAAGCCCCAAUCUCUUAUCGAUCCCUUUUUUGGAAAGGGUUUGGCCUUCCUGCUAUUAUUAUUGGCAGGAAUUCUACUACUACUACUACUACUACUACUACUACUAUUUUAUAUUAUUAUGAUUAUUUUAUUUAUUUUAUAUUAUUAUAUUUAUUUUAUUUUAUUUUAUUAUUAUAUUUAUUAUUAUUAUUAUUUUAUAUUAUAUUUAUUUUAUUUUAUUAUAUUUAUUAUAUUUACAGUAGAGUCUCACUUAUCCAACAUAAACAGGCCGGCAGAACGUUGGAUAAGCGAAUAUGUUGGAUAGCAAGGAGAGAUUAAGGAAAAGCCUAUUAAACAUCAAAUUAGGUUAUGAUUUUACAAAUUAAGCACCAAAACAUCAUGUUAUACAACAAAUUUGACAGAAAAGGUAGUUCUAUAGGCAGUAAUGUUACGUAGUAAUUACUGUAUUUAUGAAUUUAGCACCAAAAUAUCAUGAUGUAUUGAAAACAUUGACUACAAAAAUGUGUUGGAUAAUCCAGAACGUUGGAUAAGCGAAUGUUGGAUAAGUGAGACUCUACUGUAUUUUAUAUUAUUAUUUUAUGUUAUGUUAUGUUAUGUUAUUAUUAUAUUUUUUAUAUUAUUUUAUAUUAUAUUUAUUUUAUAUUAUUUUAUAUUAUAUUUAUUUUAUAUUUAUGUUAUUAUUAUAUUCAUUAUUAUAAUUUUAUAUUAUUAUUAUUUUAUUUUAUGUUAUUAUUAUAUUUAUUUUAUAUUAUCAUAUUAUUAUAUUUAUUAUUAUUUUAUAUUAUUAUUUUAUUUAUUUUAUAUGAUUAUAUUUAUUUUAUAUUACAGUAGAGUCUCACUUAUCCAAGCUAAACGGGCCGGCAGAACGUUGGAUAAGCGAAUAUGUUGGAUAAUAAGGAGGGAUUAAGGAAAAGCUUAUUAAACAUUAUGUUAUACAACAAAAUUGACAGAAAAUGUAGUUCAAAACUAUGUUGUAAUUACUGUAUUUACGAACUUAGCACCAAAAUAUCACAAUGUAUUGAAAACAUUGACUACAAAAACAUUAACUACUAAAGGGCCGACUGCUCUGGAUAAUCCAGAACGCUGGAUAAGCGAAUGUUGGAUAAGUGAGACUCUACUGUAUUAUAAUUAUUAUAAUACAGACUCUACUGUAUUAUUAUGUUAUGUUAUUGGCAGGAAUUCUACUACUACUACUACUACUACUACUAUUUUAUAUUAUUAUUAUAAUUAUUUUAUAUUAUUUUAUUUUUAUUAUUUUAUUUAUUUUAUAUUAUUUUAUGAUUAAAUUUAUUAUUAUUUUAUAUUUAUUUUUAUUAUUUUAUUAUUAUUAUUAUGUUAUAUUAUUAUAUUUAUUUUAUAUUAUUAUUAUUAAUUUAUUAGGAGGACUUGCAUCUUUGUAUUGAGAACUGGAACUGGGAAUGCAUUCAGUACAUUGAUAAUGUAUUCGUCAUUCUGCUACUAUUAUUGGCUGGAAUCCUAUUAUUAUUAUUAUCAUCAUCAGGACUUUACAUCUUCAGCAUUGGAGUUGGGAAGUUUUAUUUAUUUUAUUACUGAUUUACAGUAUGUGUGGCAAACAUUCAAUACCGUUUAUAUACAGACAAGACAGACAAUUGUAUAUAGGCUUUUCCCAUCUUUGGCAUCUUGGAAGCAGUACCUAUUUAUCUACUCACAUUUUGCUGGGCUAAAGACCCGGACUUUGAACUGUCAACCUUUGGAUCUGACAAGAUUUACUUCAGCUGGUGGUUUAACCCGCUGUGCAAAAGCCCAGCCCUAAGUUUUGUAUUCAGUACAAUAUUGGCCAGAAUCCUAUUAUUAUUAUUAUUAUUAUUAUUAUUAUUAUUAUUAUUAUCAAUAAUAAUAAUAUUGUGAUUAUUACGUCUACAUUAUUGGAAUUGGGAAGCUUUGUAACAUAUCCAGGAACAGCGCCGAUAUUCUCUUCCAACUCUAGGAUUGUAUAAUAAUAACCUUGGAUGGUCAGGAUGAUGAUGGCCAUCUGUUAGGAAGGAUCGGAUUGUGGUCUGGAUGGUCCUUCCAACUCUAGGAUUCCAUAAUAAUGCUCUUUGAUGAUAAUAAUAUGAUGGAUGAUGAUAAUAAUAUGAUAGUGAUGGUCUCCGUCCUUCCCGGGCAGAGUCCUGAUGGCCAUCUGUCGGGAGUGCUUUGAUUGUGUAGAGGAUUCCUGCCAAUGUGAAUAUGAUUCUUUUCCCCAAAUCGACCUGAAAUUCAGGGCGAGCCGGAAAAAUAAUAAUAAUAAGUGUAUUAAUGAAACUUCCAUUGUGGGAUUUUUACCUGCAAUAAUAUAAUAUUUUCUCUUAUUUUUGCACGAACAAUAUGACAAUAUUGUACUUCGCCCCAUUGAACUGAAUGGGGUUUUUCACCCAAAUUGACACGCAUACGAUUGUAUUCUUAAAUGGUCCGUGUAGACCCCUAUAAUAAUGCAUUUCGGUGCAUUAUAGGGUCAGUAUAUAUCGGCCAUGAGUCCAAAACACUUGGAAGGUGGCCUAGACCCACAUCUUGCACUUUGGUGUGUUUCCGACGUUGUAAACAAUAUUGAACAACGAUGACACAAAUGUACAUUUUGUAAACAAAACAUAUAUAUAUAUUUCGUGUGUGUAUAUUAUACAUAAGAGUGGGUUUGCGUCCUGCAUUCCCAAACACAACGGAUGUAUUUUCAGCAUUCACGGUGUGUCAUGUGAAUCCCCGCCGGACCGAUUUGUGAACCGUUUCGGAAUAAUUAAAAAAAAAUAAACAUUUUGGAAAUAUUACAA